UUAUUUUUGUUUAUUGUUCGUGAUAACCGUGACAACUGCCAAUUGUCAGGUGUCUGUCUUGCGAUUAUUUUGACGAUUGAUAUCGUGAAUAUUUGUUUUGAAAAGAUUAUAAACGAAAAAUGUCAUCAGAUGAAGAAUUUGACGAUGAACUCGCAGACCUGGAAGAUAUUCGCGACCAAAUUUUAAGUCAACCAAGAGUGGAUCGUAUGCAAGUUAGUGCAUGGGAAGAUGAUGAUGGAAUCGACCCGGACCGAAAUCCUACAGAACCCGAUGAAAAGGCUAUUUUACAAGCAGCCGAAAAUGGUAUCCUGGAGAAGGUGAAAAACUUGUUAGACAAAAAUCCUUCUUUAAUUGAAGCUACAGAUAAUGAUGGUUAUACGCCUCUUCACCGAGCUUGCUACGGAAAUCACCUCGACAUUGUAGAGUAUUUACUUUCAAAAAAUGCAGCGAUCGAUGCGCAAACACAAGACGGUUGGCAGCCUUUGCACUCUGCUUGUUGUUGGAACAAUGUUGAGUGCGCGGCACUUUUACUACAACAUGGGGCUGAUAUCAAUGCUCGCAGUAAAGGCGAUCAAACACCUCUCCAUUUAGCAUCCGCCAGUUCCCACAAUUCACCCGCUCUUCAGCUUCUUCUUCUGCAUCCGGAUAUAAAUCCGCGACUCGUCAAUUCAAGUGGCGACACUGCAGAGCAAAUCGCAAGGAGAACCGGCAAAUAUUAUCCUCUGUUUGAAGUCAUUGAGCCUUGUUUAAACGAAAUCUAAAUUUCUCCAGAAACACAAGGCAUUUAUUUAUUUUAAGAUUUUAAUAAUUGGAAUAACUUGGGUAUUCUUUUAAUUUUUAGGCGAAAUGUUUUUAUUUUACCUCGACGAAGUUUAAACCACGUAUACGAAGUUGUAUCUAGAUCAUUAGAGUUUUUUUUACUUUCAAGUCUAAUGCUGAAAUAAUUCAUGUAGAUUAUGCACUGUAAUCAGUUUCAUUUAUAUAAAUUAAAAUAAAUAAGGUUUUCUUAAUUUUAUGGUUACUUAAUGAACAAGUCUAAAAUUCUUCGAAUGAUUUCAACGGAAACACACUAAAUUACCCCACAAAAAAUUAAGAACAAAGCGGGGGUUUUGAGGAUGUGUAGCGAUCCGGGAAAUUUGGAAGCUUUGUGCGCCUUGAAAAAUACGGAAAAAUGUCAAGAAUUCAUAAAUAGAUCCAGGAAAUCUUUGUUCGUAUAUAUAAAUUAGAAAAUGCUGUGUUCUAUGCAAAAUUAUUAAUAUCAUAAAAUUAUACGAUUCAAUGAUAAAAGCGUGUGACGAGUUGAACGUCUUCGAUUUAUUACCAGUUAACCAGAACCUUCGCGAAAUAUUUUUUAUCUUUGUGAAAUAUUUAUGAAAUCUUUGAGAAGUCAUUCCAACCUUUGUCAAAUCUUCGGUAAUAUUUGUAAAUUGAUUUAAAUCUUUCAGAAAUCUUUUAAAUCUUUCCGAUAUCUAUCCGAAAUUUGUGUGAAAUCGUUGGAAAAACAUUGAAAUAUUUUGAAAUAUAUUAACUAUUUUUG